AUGUAUAGAUCAGCGAGUGGAUCUUGUGAGUAUUGUUCCAUUAACUGUAAAACGUGUUACGAUUUUGACAAAUGUUCUUCGUGUCCUGAGAACUUCUUUUUAACAAAUUACAAAUGUGAAAAGCCCGAGAACCUUGAAGGGAAGUGUGAGAGAAUUAACUUUAAAGGGGGUUGUGUUCAGUGUAAAGAUGGGUAUUAUAUUGACUAUUUCAAUUGUGAAACUUGUGAUGGGAUGUGUCAAAGUUGUCAAACAAAGGGGAGAUGUUUGACGUGCAAAGAUUCAUUUUUCAUGACAUUAGACAAUGAAUGUAAAGCAAAAGCAAUGAUAAUUGGGUGUGGGGGAGACAUCUCGACUUUUGAAGGAUGUACAAAGUGUGCCAAUGGAUAUUAUUCAUUUCAGAGAGAGUGUAAAAAGUGUAAUACAAAGUGUUUGACGUGUUUAACAGACAAUGAAUGCACUUCAUGUGAUGAUUCUAUGGUACUUGAUGGUAAGGAUUGCAACUCUGCAAGUGAUAUAAAGUUUUGUUCUCGAGUUGAACAUUCCAAAUGUACCACUUGUGGUUUUUGGCAUGUUCCAGAUGAACUUGGGAAGAUGUGUGUUUAUAAAUUCAAUACAUGGAUUAUCGUUAUAAUUGUACUUGGCUUGCUUGUUCUCUUUGUAUUGUGUGUUACACUUAUAGUCAUUCUCACUAAUUAUUUCUUCAAACUCAACAGUAAAACAACCCGAGAGAAGACAGUUUGUGUGUUCAAGAUGUCACGAAGUAAUGUCAACUUUUUAUAUAAAGUGAAUGACAUAGUGUAUUCAAACAAAGACAUAAUACAAGUAAAAGCUAUAAAUAAAGAGUACAUCCCUGUUUGUUCCGAAACACGAGACUUAUUAUGUCUCGGAAACAAAGGAAACGAAACAGUGAAGAUACAAAUAGUUGUGAAGACAAACGUUUUUAAGUACCAAAUUAAAGUGGACCCACUUGUUGUAAUUUUACAUAAAGGAGAGGCGUGUGAAUUUGAAAUAAUUGUUGUUCCAUAUUGCACUUGUAAGUUAAAAGAUAUAUUCAAUAUCACUGUUCUCAAAUUAAAAGAGGGUGUUGCGACAUCACACGAAUUUCCUAUUGCCUUCGAGACUGAACUUACCACUAAAUUAGACCCAGACGAACUAGUAGAAGAAACGAAAUUGGGUGAAGGUUCAUUUGGUAUUGUCUAUUUAGGUACUUUCAGAGGAAACAAAGUUGCCAUCAAGAAGAUGAAGAAUCUUGUCGACAGCGAAGACAAUUACAAAGACUUUGUGAGUGAAGUUUGCAUGCUUGACAAAUUUCGGUGUGACUAUAUAGUGUACUUCUAUGGCGCAGUUUUCAUCCCACGAAAGAUUUGUAUCGUCUCGGAAUAUGCCAAGUACGGCUCUUUAGAAAAUUUAAUAGUUGAAAGUCCAGUGCCCUCGAGCAAAAUGCGAGUGAAGAUAUGUUUGGACUCAGCAAGGGGGUUAUCCUAUUUGCAUCAAAACGGUAUUUUACAUAGAGACUUUAAGCCAGACAACAUCCUCAUAUUAGAUCUCGAAGAGAACAUCGAAGUUAACGCUAAACUGACUGAUUUUGGAUCUUCAAGGAACAUCAAUAUGCUCAUGACUAACAUGACCUUCACAUGUGGUAUUGGCACUCCAGCUUACAUGGCGCCUGAAAUUCUUCAGAAGGAAAAGUACAAAGAGACCAGCGAUAUGUUCAGUUUUGCAGUAUCAAUGUACGAGACCUUUUCGUGGACAAAGGCAUAUGCAGAUCACAAAUUUGUAUAUCCAUGGCAAGUGGCGGACUUUGUAGUCGGAGGGCAACGCCUCCAGAAGCCGAAUAAUGUUUCUGAUGAGAUGUAUUCCGCCAUUGAAAAUUGUUGGGCACAGUCACCUAAGGAACGGAUAACUUCUCAACAAUUAGUCAGUCAACUUAUAGAGAUCUACAAUGCCUUCAAAUUGUUUUAA